AUUCCAGUCCAUAAUGGACUCAACCGCCUCGCCGCUUUGAAACAUUUUUUAUCCCUUUUUCCCAUCAACUCGCUUUGUAGUUUAAUUUUCCCUACUUGUACACAAUAUCCGCCCGCCCGCCCCCAACCUCCCCAGCAGCAACGUCCUUCCGUCCGCCGGUUAUUUCUUCAUGCUGUCCAUACAAUUGCCUAGAAGAGAAGGGGGUUUCUUCUUGCUCUUGAUCUACUCUGCAUUAUUUUUAGUAUGGUUCCCAAAACAAGUGCACAGCCAGUCCGUCAGCAAUCCAGCAUUCUGGCAAGCCCCGAGAACAUACAAUGCAACGAAUGCCUUGGCCGAAGACGAUCGCAAUACGUGGAUUGCCAUUUCGCAAGCUUUUCAGUCCAUUCAUGUUGGAACUGAUUCGGGCGGUUCAAUUCGGCGCUUGGUAUUUGAUUAUUCAGACUGCUGCAUAUCGUCGAAUACCACCUUUGACACGCUCCAACAGUUAAACGGAAACAAUAUGCAAUACGGACCGAUCCCACAGACACCGACAGUAGCGCUUAUCCAACGCGGCAACUGCAUGUGGUCCGAAAAAGUGCAACUCGCACGCAACAUUUCUUCCAAGCACGGACUCAACUUGAGCGCCAUUCUUUUGUACGAUAACAAUACCUAUGGACAACGAGAAUACAGGCUAUACAGCGAAGACAACAUAAGGCGAAGCUAUGUGUAUACUGCAUCAUCAGACUCGCUUCCGGUGGAACGCAAUGCUUUAUACAUGAGCGAUAACGAUCUCGACGAUAACAACAAUGGCACUCAACCUUCCCUGCCUAUUUAUUUUGCACCCCAUUCGUAUGGCAAUCAGUUUGUGCGGUUCAUUUCCAAUAGCACUAGUGCUAGUGAUGAUACUCGGGUGUUUUGGCAACUAGCACCGAUAUUCAUACCUCUUACAUCGGACAAUGAUGAUGAAGGUGGUAGUUCACCGUUUGGUCGUGGGUAUCUGUCCUACGUUAUUGCCUUGGCAGCCAUCUUUCUUGUUGCAUUGUUUGCCGGGGUCGUCUUUUUGCGAUGGUGGCGUGUACGACAAAGGCGGGACCAGCUGGAAUACGAGGCACAAUUGGGCGCUCAUGCAUACAAUAUGCAAAUGCGCUUGCAGGCCAAACCUCUACCCGUCGACAUUGUCAAUUCCAUCCCGAUAUCCAAGUAUACAUCCCAGACAGUGAAGAAUGCAAAUUGUGCGAUAUGUCUAGAAGACUAUGAAGAGGACAAGAAUGAAGUGCGGAUUCUUGGCUGUGGCCAUGGGUUCUGUGUCCUAUGUAUAGAUCCUUGGCUCACGCAAAAAUCAACAGUGUGUCCAAUUUGUAAAUGGGAUUGCUUGCCACCUGAACUACGCAAUCAACAACAGGAAGGAGAAACGACGAAUGGCGAUACUGGUUUGGAAGCAGCGCAAACCGCUUUAAUACCUGCUACUGCUACUACUACCGCUAGUACUAGUCACCAAGCAUCAUCAUCAUCGUCCGCAUCAACAUUACCUCAACCAGCUGUCACUACCGCUGCUACCUCCACAGCUGUGCCUGCAUCAUCAACGUUAUCUUCCACAUUUGAAAAAGCAGCAACAACAACAAAAGAUACUGUGCCGGAAACAUCACUGGCUGACGUGGAACCAACCAACCAAAACGCUGGUUCGAGCAGUGAUAAUUCGAAUGAACGUGAAACAACGGAUCGACGAAGCAGCCAGGAUCAUGUGAUUGAUAUGGAUCCCCAAAAAACAACAACAGCAGCAACAGCAACAGCAACAACACCGCCACAAGGCGAUGAGACGUCUUCUGCGAAUCGCAGAGACUCAACGGACAGCCAACAGCGUCCUCAUCAACACCACACACGAUAAGAGUGAUAUUUUGUAUUUCACCCUUCCCCUUUCCACGCUACUCUUUCCCCCCUUCUUUGUCACAUAUAUUACUAUAUAUUUAUACUGUAUACCUUCCUUACUAACUGCUUCUUUCUUCUAUUCCUACUGUAUUGUCUUUGAAUAGUAAUUGUAUUGCAUUCCUUUUCCUUUACUGUACAUUUUAUCCUCCUCCUCCAUCUUCUAAUGAAUGAUUGGAAGUUUGUUGUAUUCUCUCUAUACUUAUUUAUUAGCUAUUUUCUUUCAAUAUCAAUAUUUAAAAAAGCGACAACCUAUCUUUCCU